GGUAAUGCAGUGUGUCGAGUAAUGGACUUUUUGAGUACAUUUAUCAUUUUAAACACUGAAUUCAAUUUUAAUUUUUGUAUAAAUAGCCAAAGUGGUAAUAUUGAUUCUCAGUUGAAUUUGUAUCGUAGUACUCGUAUAUAGUGAUCGAGUAUGAAAGAAAUGAUGCGGUGGUGGUGUUUUUCUUUGUAUACUUGGUAUGUUGCUGCCUAGUGCCUGGGGUUAAUUUAACUUCGGAACAUAUAAACACACACAAGUGAUUGGAUAGGAAUUGGAAAUUAGUAAGAAAGUGAGUGUUGAGCUAGACGGGUGGUCGAAAUCAGUGCGGAACUUUGUGUCUAGUAUUAUAAUUAAAAACGUUUUAAUUUAAUAAAUAUAUACAUACAUAUAUAUAAGUAAUCAUUUUAACAAUAAAAUAUUGUUUUUUACAAAAUGAACACUGGUGUUAUUGUGGAUUUAUCGGAUGAUGUUGAAAUAGAGAAUGCAAGAAGGAGGUUGGAUCGAAAGAGGUUCAACGAGAUAAAAAAAUAUAUUCCAUUUCUGGAGUACAUCACUGCAAAAGAUCCCAUCAAAAAUGAAAAAUAUGUCAAGUUGCUGCAAUGGUUUAAUUCAAAUAAAAACCUUCCAGCAAGAGUUGCAACAACAUGUGAAUUUGCAAUCAAAAAGCGUUAUAAGACUCUUAAGUCAUAUAUGGUAUUUCCACCCCAUAUACUUGCGAUUUUUGAAGGUGGAGGAGAAGCCAUUGAUCUUGUUUCAGAUGAUGACGACAAACCACCCGGUACAUCGAAAAAUGAAAAUCAGAGUUCAACAAAAAAAGAGAUAACUGCCGAAAGUACCAAAGAUGCUAAGCCAUCAAAUACUUCAAAAAAGAGCACUCAAAAUGGUUCGAAUUCAAUGAUAUGCAUUGAAGAGUUAGAAGUUUUAUCAGACACUGACAAUGAAGUUAAAGAUUGUCAAACAAGAAAAAACACAAGUAGUAUUUCUUUGUCUGAAAUUUCUUUAAAUAAACCUUCCACAAGCCAAUCAACAAACCAUGAUGACCUUGUAAAUAAGGAUCUAUUUGACAGAAUUGAUAACCUUGAUGGAAAUUCUGUGACUGCGAUUGUAUCGGGAAAAGGCCUCGAAAGAGAAAAUUCCCCAUCACACAAAAAAAGCCCAAUUUUAACACCCAAAAAUAUAGAAAGUCGUCAUCGGAAAUCCUCAGAUCACUCAUCAAAUAUUUCUGAUGAUGAUGGAGUUUUAGUUCAAAGAAAAAAGAAGAAAAAGCACAAACUUAAGAAGAAAACACAAAAUCAUGCAAAAGAUAAUUAUGAUGGUUCCGAGACUGAAAAUCAUGAGUCUGAAAAACAAAAGCAUCCAGAUGAAAUCCAGAGCGGUAGUUCACAAAAAUCAAAGAAAAGUUCUAAAAAGAAAAAAGAGAAGAUUAAAAACUCAAGAACACUUUAUGUGUCAGAUGAUGACGAUGAGUCAAAUCAAAAUAGCACCGCGGCUGGAUCUGUUGUAGCAUCCGUUAAAAGUACAGAUUCUGAGCUUUUUACAAGAAGAGAUUUAUCAUCAAAACCAAAAAACGUUCCAACCGUAGUGUUGCUAGAUUCAGACGAAGAUGAAAUAAAUAAUAUUCCUGAAACUGAAAAAACUUCUGUAACUAAUAUAGAAAUCGAAGCGGCCCCCAGUUUAGAAUCUGAACCAUCUCCAGAAAAUAUUCCAUUAACUGUACAACCACCUAAAGUUGUUGAGGAAGAAUCAUUUACAAAUCAAUUAGAUACUGAAAAGGGGAUCGAAUCGUCUAGCCCUAGCAAAAUAAAAGAUCUUAACAGUAUGGGUCUGAUCGAACUUAAUGAUAUUUAUACAAAGCUCUGUGAGAAAACUGGUAUUCAACUGGAGGAACUUUUAGGUGAUUUGGUUAACAAAUCAUCAAUACAAACAAAAGAUAACUCAGUAACUAUAUUAGAAAAUAAAUUCAUUUCGCAAACACAAACUAACACCUUUACUAAUAAUGAUAAAGUUGAAGUUUCCUUCGAUUCUAAUAAUAUGCACGAAGAACAAUUUCAACGAAAUCAUCUGCAACAACAAAAUCUUCAAUAUAAUGAACAGAUGCGCCAACAAAACAUGCACUAUCUACAGCAACAGCAACAGUUUGCAGUACAUCAACAACAACAGUUGCAGCAACAACAACUGCACCAACAACAGUUUCAUCAACAACAACAACAUCAAGAACAAUUUCAAAACCAUGGACAUUGUUCAUCAAAACAGAUUCAAAGUAAUGUACAAGCAUCUUACGCCUACCAGAAUUCAUUAAUGCCGAAAUUGAACUUAAAUGAUCCUCGUAUUGUGCAAAAACUCAAACAAAUUAAAGACUCACCAAUUCAUAAUCUCAGCAUCCGUGAGUCUGCAACCCUUCUAAUGAAUUGCUAUGCCGAACGACCUACUUACAGAAGUCAAUCAGUUGUAAAAGUGACUUCCACUACGGCAACAACAUAUGGAGAACAUAAGCGACUGAAAGAAAUGGAAAAGCAGGAAAGACAGAAAGAGAAAAACCUUUUACCAAUUGUGGUCGGAGAAAAUUCUGUGGAAGCUGCUGCUGUUAGUCCACAAACCACUACAACCACCAACAGAAAAGCCCGCAAGGAUUCAUCUGGAUCUGAAAACGGAAACAAAAAAAAUGUUACUCCAAACAGAAGUCCUUCCAAUUCGGAUUCUGCGAAUCCAAAGAGAAAAAUUUCUUCUGAUAGAGAAAGUGGCAGAAAAACUCCAAAAUCACGGGCAAAUUCUUCUGAUUUGGAGAGUGGCAGGAAAAAAUCUAAAUCACGAACAAAUUCUCCCGACUUCGAAAGUGGAAGGAAAACUCCUAAAAUGAACACAGAAAAAGAUGAUGAAACGGUGGUUAUGAGUUUUGUCGGGAAAGCAAUAUCAAGACAACGUAUCAAUUCAUCAUCUUCCACUAAAUCAAGACAGCGUAAUGAUUCCUCAUCUUCAACUGUAACAAUUGACUCUGUUGACAUGGAACAAAACGUACCUAUUAACAAUACGGAAUCAAAUAUAAGAAAAGUUGUACAAAUUGUAAUGUCUGCUUUGGGACAGACAAAAGAAGGCUCACCUCACUUUACACCUUCGAAGUCACGUAAAAAUUCUGCUCGGAAGUCAACCGAUUCCACAAAAAGCGAUACAAAAGCAGACAAACCAGAACAAGUUAAUGUAGAUAAACAAAAUUCAUCGUCUGCUAAAAAUAAAAAAACAAAACGCUUACGACGAAAAACAAAUGACCAAUUAAAUAAAUCGCCAGAAAAACCAAAACAAUCCCAGCCAAAACGAGGUUGCCGAGAGCUGGAGAAUCUCAAUUGCACUUUCAAAGAAUACAGUGAUAUAUUUGAAAAAUGUUUACUUCCAACUAAUGAUGGCAAAAGGCUGUGUAGUGCGUCGGGUAAAAAGACGCCUUCGUUUCCAUCAUCGGACAAUAUCAAUGAAAAAUCAAAAACGAAUUUACAGUCCAAUAAUAGCAACGAGAGUGAAUUGAAUUCCUCUAUUUCAAAAGCAGGACUAUCGGCGGCGCCAAUUGGAAAAAGAAGACAGACUUGCAGUGAAUUGCAAAUAUCCUCAGUUGAAAAAAACCAACCUACGGACCCUAUAAAAAGUGUUUUCCGGCGUUCCUCUGUUGAUGGCAAAUACGCUGUUCAAAAUUAUCCAGAUACAGAAUCAGCAGAUGAAACGGAUGAGUUUGAUAUUGAAGAACAUCGUAAUAUCAAGAAUGAGUUCAAUGAAAAUUACAAAAACAUCGAUAAGGAUCCAUUUAAUCCUUCAUUGCGGGUUAUCUUGUACAGGUUAUCAGAAAAUGAAAUCAAGAACUGGACAAAAUGCAAAGAAGACAAAGCUGUUUCUUCGAUGUCGAUGCCAGUUCUAAAACCUCAAAUCGCAAAGCCAACACCUAAGACACAAAAUGAAGUGAUAUUUGAAAAACAGGAAUUUGGAGAAAAACCCAUACUUGUUGCAAUCAACUCAAAACCAGUUAAUACUUCCAAAAAAACAACACAAAAAGUUCCCACACAUUUAAAUAAUAACAUCAGCAUGACUCUAAAUUCAACUAAAACUUGUGUUCUAUGCAACAAACGCCCACUCGAUCUUACAAAUCAUUACGUCGUUCAACAUCAAACCGAAUCGUAUACAUCUCGUCUCACUUCCGAAGAGAUCGACAAUCUUGAAGCAAAUAUCCCACUAGCUGUUCGCCAUCGCAACCGUUAUAAAGUUAAUUGUGUAUUUUGCCAGGCUGAAUUGGAAGACAAUUUUGUAAAUUUCCAUGCGCAUUUUUCAUACCACACCGGUGAAUACGGAUUCAAGUGUGCAGUUUGCGACUUAGUGAAACCUUACAGGGAAGACAUACGUUCUCAUCAAUAUCGCACAAGUACAUGUUUAAAUGGUAAAAUUCGAUCCAACUACUUGUAUUCUCCAGAUUUGGUAGUAAUAUACCUGCAUGUGUGCAAUUUGUGCAAUUUUGUACAAUUGAAUGAGGCAAAUAUACAUAAACAUCAACGUGACCAUCAUGGUUUACGAUUUGUAGAGCCUCAAAAUGUGAAGAAAUGCAUAAUCGCUGCCUUAGAUAAUGGUGAAAUUGUAAACGAAAUUAUGCCUAACGAUCAAGAAGAAGAAGAACAAGACGAAUUCAAUCGCGUGACGGAAAAAGAUGCUCAAAACUUGGAACAAGAAUUUUUGGACGAAUUUCCACUUGACAUAAAGGACGUAUUGCUAACGGAGCAGGAGCACCAACGUCCAACCACUUCACAAUUAGCUAAAUUUGAGAAUCUCCUUCAAGAUAUUAAUAUUGACAACGAAGUUUCCGACUCAGCAAUCAUCGCUCCUAGCCCUAAAACAGAUUCAGAGCAGCUUCAGUCUCCUUCGAUCAAACCUGCUUCGAAUAUAAUGACAGUUAUACAUACGUCACCGACAACGUCAAAUGAUAAAUUAGUCCAUGAAGCCCAUAAACCCUACAUUGAGCCAGUGGAUGUAGAUACAAAAAUGGAAUUAGAAGAAUCAAAGCCAAGUAUGCCAAUGAUACCGACAAGAAUGGUUUAUCGACAAAUGCCUUUGGUUUCAAACUAUUUUGGAUUGUAUAAAUGUACCCUUAAUGAUUGUUGGUUUUCAACCAAUGAAGCUUUUAAAUUCAUUGUACACAUUUCGUUUGUUCAUAACAGCGCCGAUUUAAAAAUAUUUUUGGACUGUGCCUAUUGUCAUUAUAAAAGUACAAGGGCUCAUAAUAUUGUUGGGCAUGUACGCGCAAAGCACUCAAUGUGUCGAUAUCAAUGUGCUGAAUGUGCUUAUCGAAGUACAAUUCCUGGAAACGUGGCUGUUCACAGAAGGAUUUAUCAUAAAAAUAGCACGUUAGUCAAAAGUAUCUACGAAUGCGGUAAUCGCUUAAGUGAUUUAAUUGAAAAACCAGUCAAUAUUUUACAAAAAAUGACUGAAAACAUAACUAGUUUAAAAUGUCAAGAUUGUUCAAAAAGUUUUUAUGCCGUUCCAUCCUUAAGAGCACAUAUCCAGAAAGAACAUCCUUUGGCAUUUUUAAAAUUGAACUCUGAUUCAUAUCACGAGCUAGCAUGUCUUCAUUGUAAGGAAACUUCUAAUAGUAAAGAGGCCAUGCGAAUACAUAUCGCAUUAGAUCAUCCGGAUGAAGUUGGCUAUUUGGUAGAAAGAAAACUAAGAAACAAAUCAUGCAAUGACGCUGUUGAAAAUCUGAAUGUAAUCAAUAUAAGUUUGCCAAUUCCACCAGCUGAUGUAUAUCAGGCUGUAUUUAAAGAGGAUGAUGAUGUUCCGAAUUCUACAAACACUAAGGAUCAAUCUUUAGUGGAGAAGGCAACACCUUCAAAGAUCGCUAAACAAGAUACAGCUGAGAUAACAAUUGUUGAAGAGAAAUGUAUCACUCUGCCUAGUAAAAAUGUAUCGACCAGGACAUUGACAGACGAAGAAACAAGCCUUAGACCACUGCUUGAAAUUCUCACCGAAAAUACUGGUGCUCCCACAGCUACUCUAUACCGUUGUCCUGAAUGUGUAGCUUCAUUUUUACAUUAUGAACUUUGGCAAAAGCAUAUCGCAACACGUCAUAAAAUCUUUCAUACAGCCUCCUGCCCUUAUUGUCCUAAGCAGUUCCCACUUGAAUUGGCAGCUCUUCAUUUUGAAAGCCAUCGACGUCACGAAUAUAUAUGCUUUCACUGUGUGACAAGUUUUUGUUCGAGAGAAAAAAUAUGCGAGCAUUUUGCCUCAUUUCACUCAGAAUUUAGGGCAACGAUUGAAAGAAAAAUUGCAUAUGGCGAUGUAUCGUUCUCCAUUUUCAAGGAAAAAGAUGUUUCAUUAGGCGCCAUUGAUUGGUUACCAUUGUUCCGUAAGUUAUCCGAUGCUUUGCGGCAGCAGUUAGCAACAAAGCUCCAGCAAAACCAACACAAAGAGUGGUUGAAAGCUUUAUCUGCUUCAUCUCUAACAGACCUUGAGUAUCUUGAAAUUCCAAAGUACAUUAUGAAUGGACUACCACGGUUCAAGUGUCUCAUAAGAUCCUGUCCCUUUGUUGGUUUAGACGAGAAUAACUUAGAUGCACAUGUGACUAUGCAUGCACUUCCCGACAAGUACAAAUGCUCACACUGCUCCAUUAACCAAAAUAAUCCAACUUGGGAAACUAUUAAAAACCACAAACUGCUGCACAAGCAAGAAGUAUUUAUAUGCUGUGUGUGCAAAUUUUAUCAUCAUUCUUCAUCUGGUAUUUCGAAACACAUCGUACAAUUUCACAAUUUUAGAGAUGUUCCUGUGAUAGGCAUGUGGAGAGAUGAAACGAAGUACAAAAUCUCCUUAACAAUAUUUUUGACCGAAAGGAAAAUGACCUUUACAACUACAGAUGCUUGUUUUUGCUGUCUCAAAGUACAGAAACACAAAUUGGUGUAUCACUUAAAAAAAGAACACAAAGUAUCACUUUGUCCGAAGUGUGUUACAUGCGAUGCAAUUAUAUUAACAGCUUUGGAUGCAGAAGCUCAUUCCCAACAGCAUCAGUCAAAGCCAUUCAAAUUGAAGUUUGAAAUAUUGACACCGUUUUUGUACAAAUCGGUUGUAACGUCAAUUUCGCCCUUAACUUUCGAAACACGAUUGAUAAAAGAAAAACGUCCAUCUGAAGAUUUUCCAGGAACAUCCUCCAAAAAAGCAAAACCAAAUGGAGACAUUCCUGUCAAAAUAAAGGAAGAAGUUGUUAUUAAAGAGGAGUUAGAGGAAGUUGUGAAUGAAACGCCGGCACAACCUGUUUCUAUAAAAUGUGUGAACUUAUCAAACCUCAUGGAAAACCAAACAAAAUUAAAUCAAACAAGUGUUAUGCCUGUGCAGCCACUUCCAUCGCCUGCAGUCGGAAAUUUCCAAGAAUCUGUUGCGCAGUGUUAUAUACCAAAUUACAGUAUAAUGCCAAACAAUACAGGAAUGUUUUUGCCGCAUUUAUCACCAGGAAUCCCGAUGAUUUCGACUCCACAAGUAAUCCAAUUCGACACCCAAACUUCCACGAAUUUAAUGACGCCGCAAAAUGUACAACAUUCAAUAAUUGAUCAACAACAAUCUGCUUUGGAUCAGUCGUCUCUUCUUCUUCCCGAACUUGCUCCAAUAUGCGGUAAUUGCAGCUUCGAAUGCUCUGAUUUCGCGAGUUUAAAAAGGCAUUUUUCAACUGUGCAUGCUAACGAACGGUUUUUAUUCCGAUUAAGUCGAAGAGUUGAAUGUGGGCAUUGUUUUUUCCAGUGCAGCUUACAAUCUAUGUCAACACACCAUCAAGCUAUGCAUCCAGAUAGGCCACGUUUAUGUCGCAGCAUAAUUGAUCCUAAUCGUUGCGGUGUUUGCCAUGAGAUUUUUACCAAUACUCAGAGCAAUAAUAUUCAGUUGCCUAUUUGUGCAUGCCCGAGGCGGCAAAGAAUUCUUGCAGAUUGCUUGGACUUAAGUACUUUUCGAUUAAUACAAAAUUUCGGACAUAAUUACUUACAAUAUAAAUGUGAUAUUUGCAACAUGUCUUUCAGCCAGGAACAAAUUUGUAGGCAGCACAUAGUUCAAGCUCACAAAAAAGCUAUUUACCCAAAAUUGUCGUGCCAAGAAAUGAUGUUUGUUUGUUUCUCAUGUAACGAAACCAAUCCAUUGAUUACCAAAAUAAUUGAACACAUACAUCAAGUUCAUUUGAGUAACUUAGGAGAAACAUCUAUCGAUAUGAUAUCAUCUAUUUAUAGGAAAAUAAAAAUAAUUUAUCCCAAGGGUCUUACAAUAUAUGCUGGAGACCUGAAGAGUACCCGGCAAUGUCAUGAUGUAGAAAUGUUUAAGCACACUUUACAAAACUCUGAUAAAAUUUAAUUUUCCCUUGUUCUUUUCUUAAAAGCUACUAUGGCUUUAUUAAUAAUUAAUAAUCUAGUUUUUACUUGAAGUAAUGAUGUUUGUUUAAAACUUUUAAUUAAAUAUUAUAUUAAGGCAUUGUGUACUUUAUUUGUAUGUCUAACAUUGAUAUACUAUUAGGUAGUUUGUGUAAAAGAAAAAAAUAAUAUAGUUUUAGUUUGUUUAGAGCUGAUAAGUCCUAGUUUAAGUGCUUAAAGAAUUAUCAGAUGUUAAUAUGAUACUAAUUUUUAAAAAAGCUUUAAAAACAAUAAUAUAAUUAUUGUUACAAAAAUAUUGUUAUUUAUUCUUAUCAUUUAUUUGAAUAUAAAAAAAAGUAAUUGUUUAUCAACACAAUUAUUGUAAAUUUUUUGAUAAUAAUGAAACUUAAGUAUUAUUUUUGUUUAUUAAGGAUCUAUUUACUUAACUUAAAAUAAAAAUAUUAUUAAUUUUUCUAAA